UAGCCACUUAUUUCGGGUAUUUCCUGUGCAUGGUGUUGUGGCAGACUUAUUUCCAUUUCAUCAAAGGUUAAUCUGGUUACUUGGUGUUUUGGUAUAUUAAUAAAUAGGCAAAUUUGGUUAACCUACUUUGUAAAAAUCACCCAUCUAAUUUUAAAAAAUAAAUAAUGGGAUCGGAAGUGACUGCUUUUUUAAGCUUCAAAGUAUCAGUACAAAUUCCCAAACUGUAUGUGCACAUACACGGUACCGCCAAAACCAUUUUCUCAGGAACAUUCUGUUGGAAUUCAUUGCAUUGUUUACCUCUGAAAUGUUGAGAGAAGUUGCACCAAAAAACCACAAAUCUUCACCUCAAUUGAAUUUGUUCUGAAGCCUGUCUUUCAGGACAUCCAAUUAUUCCAUAUUUUCCCCCCCUUGGGCUUGACUUUUUUUGGCUGUCAUGUGUUGGCAAUGCUGGAUGUCAUAUCUGUCUGUGUGUUAAAAUCAUUUUUUCAUUUAAAAUUUCUUUUCUGUCUAGUUUUAGUUUUGUUACAUUUAUAUAUCGUGGUUGUUAAUGUCCUGUUUGUUUGUUCAUCCUCCUUCAAGUAUCUUUGCACAACGAUCUUUCUUCUUUACUUUCUUUAGUCACUGACUUGUCUGUCAGAUAAUUGCAUGUACAGCAGAGGGUUGUCCCAACCAGAAUUGCCAUUGACAUCUUUGGCUCUCGCAGAUUAUUUUUUUACAUAUCAGUUAAUUCUACUAAACAGUAUUGACCCAGGCAAUUAUGUAAACACUAGUGUUCCUGUCACUAUGCCAAAAUUGGAAGGUAAAAAGACUCCUCACAUUCCAGAGUUGUAAUUAGGUCGUGAACCAAACAUGACAAGUCAUCACAAGCUCUUCCAAUGAACUGUGAAAAAAGGCAUUCCUUUGUCAUUGUUCCUCCCCUUUUAUUAGCAACUUAACUUAUGAUUGACAUGUGAGGGACUUGAUUCAACAACAACUCAGAUUAAGUCAUAUACAGAAUUAUUAGUUGCCAUAUUAUGGUGCACUUUUUUGAAUUAACAACUUUACAAAAAGUUGUUAUCAGCUAGCACCUUAAUAGCCACUGGGUUUACCAAAUGCAGUGGUACAUUUGUAAUAUUGGUUGGGUUCCCUUUGUGUACAUGUAAGCCAAACUGAUGCCUUACAAGCAUGCUUGCAUAUUGCCUUCUAGCUUGCCAUCCGGUCACUCUCGUCGGUAUGAAUGUAUCACAUUUGAGUAUGUACGGGACGCAGAGGAAGCCAUGUAUGGGUUGGAUCGCAAUCGCUUCCUUGGACGAGAGCUGGAUAUUCAGUUUGCUGAGGGGGACAGAAAAACUCCAAACCAGAUGAGAAGCCGUGACACCUACAAACGUAGGCGGCGUACGUACAGUCGCAGUCCUGACUAUGACAGGCGAUCUCGUAGUCGUAGCCCAUCCCGACGCUCCAGGAGCAGGAGUCCAUACCGACGCUCUAGGAGCAGGAGUCCAUACCGCAGUCGUCGUUCUCGUAGUCGGACACGCUCCCGUAGUUACUCACAGGACAAGAACAGAAGAAGACGCCGACGAAGAUCCUUCAGUAGAUCCCGUUCCCGCUCACACUCAAGAAGCCGAAGUCGCUGAGAGGCCAUUUGCUAUAAGGGCACUUUUGUGAAAGACAUGUACAUGCUAGAUAGGUUUGGUUUCCUGGGUUUUUUUUAAACGAAGACAGACAUACAUUAGAGUUGUGUGCAUUUGUUGCCAUGUACCAUGCUUAUUUUUUAAAUUUGUGCUGUGUAGAGUUCACCUCAAGAAGUGAAAGUAAAAUAAUGACAUUAGGCAAACCAAUUUCACAGUCUGUGUAUGUAUUCAUCAUUUUUGUACUUUAAUUCAUCUUGAUCCUAAUGACCCUGUAAAUUGAAAAGGUUGUGCACCCUUGGGUGUCCAAAUGCAAACAUUUGCAUUGUGUUAUGUUGAAAGCCACUACCUUUUUUUUUUUUUCAUUAAUUUUUCCACUAACCUUCCAUGUGCAUUUUUGUAUUGCUGUAGUUUUGCUAUAAUCACUUUUAUGGGUGUUUUUGUAAUUGCUGUUGACAAUUAAAGUCAUUGCAGUAGGUUGUAUAAACAAAAAUUAAAGCUUUGUGUAUUUUAAACCAUCAGUGCUUCACAUUUUCUAUAAAUGCAAAAUCUGUUGAAAUUGAUUUGUUUUUGUUAGGCCAAAAUAAAAGGCUUGUUGAACAAGUUUGGACAAAACUAUCUAAUUUCACCGAUACGAGUCUAAGCACGACCAAAGCAAUAGAUGCCUGCAGAACUUGGAAGAAUCAUGCAGAGUAUGUUUCUGCAUAGACACUAUUGCACCCAACACAGGGCGAAGUGUAAGGCUGCAUCUGAAUUACUUAGCUUUGGCUAGCAAAUGAUAACACAUAUACUUUAUGGAGACAGUCGGAUCCACUUCCAAUGGGCUCCAUGCAAAAGUACCCCCUCAACGGCAAGACUAGGAGAGUUGGGGGAGAUUGCUGGGAGAUACAAUGGAACGCAUUGCUGACAAUGCCUUGAUGCUUACACAAAGAUGCUAUGGCUUUGUGCACAUUCAGAAUAAGUUAUGUACUUCGUGCAUGAACCUUAAACGUUAAACCCACACAUUUCUAAGUGACUUCAUUUGUCCUAUGAUUCCCUGAUCUAUUUGUACUGGGAUCCAUUCUGUAUCCUGCCAUCCUCACUAGCCAGGGCAGUCUACUCAGUACGUUGUAAGACUGCCCUGACAAACUGAGUUUACUACAUGUAUUUUGAAACUCAUCGUCGGCCAAUCAGAUGGGUCUGCAUAAUUUUCAUAAUGUGUCUCUACACACUGAAUAUUCAUGAUUCUUGAUCUACGGGGUCAUUGUUCAGGAGCUUGUUUGGAAGUAGGAGAGCACAUUACAUGUUCAUGUGGACUUUGGUGGAAGUUUUUUUUAGGCAACAAAAACAUGGCAACUGUUUUAUACAUAUGAGAACGAAUUGUUGAGAAUUUUCUCAGAGUAGACAGCCUACAUGAUCCCCAGAGGAUUUCCAUUCAGUGCAUCUUGAAUGGUAGAUGUUUUUGUUUGAGUGAAGACUGGUUGGGGCCUGUGACACACAGCCUAUAAAGGGGCAGCCAAAGUCCAGUAGGUAAGGACGGUAGUUGUAGUACAUGUAGACGAGUUUGUGUUGAUGUCAGUUUAUAACAAGCGAUCUGGACGGGAACUGUGUCAAUCCAUAUUUGGAGGUGUCAUGACAUGAUUAAUCAAUCACGUGAGGUCAAAAUAGUAUAAAGCAGGAUACAUUAAUUGAUAUACAUGUACUAAUUUACGAAGUGGGUGGUUUCUGUAAUAGUUUUUUUUUUGCUGGCAUAUUGAGCCUUAAAUCAGUGUACCGAGUGGAACAUUUGUUGUUUUUUUGGAAACCUUGAUUCUAAUUCUUUUCUUAAGCAUUUUAUACCGAUGUGUUUGUCAAAACCUUCAGCCUUCGGGGUUAUCAGGGGGGUGUGGAUUCAUGACAUUUUUCAUUUGAAGUUUCAACAUAAUAGCAUACACAGCUAACUACAUUAUGUCAUUAGAAUGAUAAACCAUGAUAUUUGUCAAGAAGACUCAAAGUAAUUGAAAUGCAGUUGGUCAAUGCAUUAUGUACCAGCACCACUUUUUAAUUUUCUUAGUCUCUAUCCUGUAAUAACUGCUCACAUUGUUUAAAGUUUGGAUUGAAUAAAAAAAGGGGAUGUGUUAUAACAAAA